AUGCGUCCUGUGCCAUAUAGCGCUGCCCCAAGUUCAGGUUCAGCGUUAGGCAACACCCCUUCCAGAGCCUCACAGAAGUCGGCACCGCUUCUCGAGGCUAAUGCUAUCUUACAGGCAAAUGUUGAAUUGAAUGAAAAUCGAUCGAUGGUCGAAAGGCCUUAUACACCAUGCCAAUGGGCAAAAAUGACACAACAAAUAAGCUAG